CCAGUCUCUCUCUCAAGGUUCGCGCUCACCCCAAAGAUACCCUCGCCGUCGUGCAUUUACCCGGUCCUCCAUUCCGCGCUCACACCUGUUUCAUUUCAUGGCGUGCGGAGCGACGGUUCAUAACUGAAUUGUUUCUUGCGAUUGCGCGUCGGCCUUACAUUGUAUAGCUGCAUUUGUUCCAUCCCCGAACAUAAAACAAACCAUCGUAAUGGCCAGUUGGAAUCCGGCUUUAAGACCUAACUCGGGUUCAAGACCGGACACAACAGAAACAACAUCGAAUGCCCCGGCAGAUGUGGACGCGUCAACCGGUACAGAAACGGUCGAAGAGGUAGCUGAAUUAAGUUGGGAUACGCAAGAUGCAGAGACGGGUCAAGAUGAACCAGAAGACGAGUUUUUUGUGCGCCACGGAGGUCAUCUGUCAUAUGACGCAAAAGCGAAUCCCAAAGCAAAUCCCUUGAUCUCUAGAGCAACAGGACUUGAUAUGGCUGUGGAGGAGGAUACCGAGGAAGCGCCUGAAACACCCAUAGAUCCACCCGAAAACACGAGCACUUCUGGGCUGAUAAACGCGCCACCAGUCACUGAAACGAGUGCAGGUGAGGAUACCGCCAUGGAAGAGCAUCCUGCAGAACAAAAUUACGAGCCACAAAGCGAGAGCACUUUCCUGGAGGACGCGAAGCAAGAAAACCCAGCGGAUCCUCUGGUCCCCGAAACUGACGCGGCAUUAAAUUGGGGGUCUAGUGAUGCUUCAUUCGACAUUGGUGCUGAUAUCGGACCUGUUUCUUCGUCACAGCCGGAGGAAAUGGCGACCGAGAAGACCGUUGACUGGGGCGAAAUAGAAGAUGAUUUCGAUCUCGGCGUCAAAGACGCAUCGGCCAUGGCUACUAAUAGCGCCAAUGGACCAGCCCUACAAUCAAAGCCUGCUGACCUUGAUUGGGGCCCCGGAGAUGAUGGUGACUUGAUCUUUGAAGCCACCGGUACACAGGCGGCAGAAAUACCUCCAGCGUCCGCCCAGCAAGAUGAGCUAGAUGACCUAUGGAAAGCGGCCUUGGAUGACGAUUUUGGGACAACUGCAGAUUCGAGCGCAUUUCUCUUCGACGACGAUGAGGGCUUCCUUGAGGAAGAAGCUGCGCAACUGUCCGAACAAGUUGGCUCGAAUGGAACGAAUGGAGCCAUUGGCGGCUCUCUAUCAAACUCCAAAUACGCACCAGUCGGCGCACAGGCUGUUCAGCCACCGAGCAAUCAGUAUACACCUCAGGCUGGCCGGUUCGCAGACGUUCCUCAAUCGAACUCCAGUAAUACUGCGCAGAUCAUGUCGACGCCAGCAUAUGGCGGAAUAAAUGGCAAAGCUUCUUAUGGCAAGCCGGAACGUCCUGCUAUCACGAACUCAGCACAGAGCUUCGCGGACAAGAACAAAGGAGGAUACGCAUCUCCUUACGACUUGCCCACGGAUAUCAUUCAACCCAAGAAGAGAGUCGGAUCGAAUCGGAUGGCUGUGCCUUCAGCGCAGCCGACUCCACCACCACCACCCAGAAGCAGUAGUAUGAACUCCACCGCGAGCAUGCCACCUCCUCGUUCCGUUCCCCAAACAUACCAAAGCUCUACUACUUUCUCUCCUCCAUCGUCGAGUAGCUCAAUGAACCCGGAGAUACGAGGUCAGCUGCGACCCAAGGCCAGCACAAGUAGCUUUUUUGAAGAAUUGCCGUCGGUGGCUAAGCCAAAGUCAUCGGGACGGUACACGCCACAGCCUUCUGCAGUACACCAUGCCCCCUCAAGAUCGCCAAUUGCAUCACAGCCUCUACAGCCCCCCUCAAAUCCACAACCCAGUGUCUCAGAACCACCAACCGACCCGGUCGCUUUUGCAUCUCAUUUACAACAACCUGAGAGGCUCAGUCUUUUCUCCGAAUCCCCUCCAUCUUCAAAUUUAGCACCAGCUCCCACAAUUACCGCGAAGCGCUAUUCUCCCGCACCACCUAGCACUGGACCUGCAGCAUCUAGAUACUCACCCGCUCCGCCCGCAGUCGCUCCAUCACAGAUCUCUGCAAGUGCUCCGCCUCCUAAAUAUUCUCCUCCUUCGACCGUAGCUGUCCCUACUGGGUUGAAUCAAAAUCGAUACGCAGCGGAACCUACGGCACAACCUAGAUCAUCCUCGCAGUCGUUCUUGCCUCGGACUUCCAGUCCGCUUGCGCAUCACACUAUGUCCCAAGGUGGCGCUGGAAGGUCAUCAAGUCAGGCUCCACCUACUUCUUACCAACCCAGUAGAGCUACAGCAUCUCCUCCCGCUACUACGGAUAUGGCCUCAUCUAACACUGGCUCUCCUCGUAAAACGUCAAAUUAUGCGCCUCAGCCACAAAAUUCGCAAGCGCCAUUGCAGCAAUCUUUCGCUCCUCCUCGCAGGUCCCAGACAUCGUCGCCUGGGACGGUAAUGAAAUCACCUCCUUACGCAGCCCAUGCUGAUCGUCCAUCGUCACAUCACGGUCCUGGAUCCCCACCAUCGACGAUUUCUGGAGAGAGCAUAUUCCCCUCAAUGCCUCCGCGUUUAGGAUAUUCACAAGAUACAGUUUUCGCUGUGCCUACAGAUGAACGAGCCCAAGAUCCCCUAGAGCGGUGGAAAGGCUAUCCAGUAUUCAGAUGGGGCCUUGGUGGCACUGUUGUAACUUCUUUUCCACAACAAACGCCUAGGUACGGUGCUGGUAAUACUGCUCCAACGAUGAAACGCUCUCCCGGAGAAAUUAAGCUUCAGAGCAUCAAGCAAACAUCGCCUUUAGAUGACAAAAUCACGACCUUCCCUGGACCUUUGAAGGGAAAAGGUAAGAAGAAGGAUGUGGUUGUGUGGAUGAAGGCUCAAAUUGAGACAAUGGGGAAGGACUAUCAGUCGACAGCUAUUCAUGGAACUACGACUGAGGAUCUACGAAGACGUGAUGAACGACUACUGCUCUGGAAGAUUCUCCAGGUCUUUAUUGAAAACGACGGGAAGCUAGAGGGCUCGAAGGUUGCUGAGGAUUCCGUCAAACAGAUCCUACAAGUCAAUGUAGAGACUUCGACGCAGCUCCAGCCAGGGGAGAAGGUUCAAUCCGAACCUGUAGAUCCGCAAGCUGUCACAGUGUUACGCGAUCACUUAUCGACUGGAGAUAGAGAAAAGGCUACCUGGCACGCAGUUGAUAACAGGUUGUGGGGGCAUGCCAUGUUAAUAUCGUCAACACUGAGCAAAGAUGUCUGGAAGCAGGUUAUUCAGGAGUUCGUACGCCAGGAGGUCAGAAAGAUAAGCGGUGACAACCAGGCCUUAGCAGCUCUUUACGAAGUAUUCGCUGGUAAUUGGGAAGACAGUGUCGACCAGCUUGUGCCUGUGUCCGCCCGCGCGGGGUUCCAAAUGAUCAAUACUACAGGCCCCGCCAUCAACAAGAACGCCUUGGAGGGAUUAGACAAAUGGCAAGAAACACUGUUGCUCAUCCUAGGCAAUCGUAGUGAGGGAGACGCACAGGCUCUUUUAUCAUUGGCAAGACUCCUCGCUGGCUAUCGACGAACAGAUGCGGCUCAUAUUUGCGCCCUAUUUGCCAGGUCGAUGGCGCAUUUCGGAGGCACCGACGAUCCACAAGCAGACAUUGUCUUGUUCGGCGCCGACCAUAGAAAUGCAAACGACAUUGCACAAGACUUGGAUGCCAUAAUACUAACAGAAGUCUACGAAUACGGGCUAUCAUUGUCAUCAACGACAGCAAGUUUGCCACAUCUACAACCAUACAAGCUUGUGCACGCCUAUGCGCUAGCAGAGUACGGCCAGCGGAGCAACUCCAUAUCCUACUGUGAUCAUAUCGCGGCAGUGGUCAAGUCGUCGACUCGGGGCUCACCGUACUACAACGCAACUUUCCUCUCCCAUCUGGAUGAUCUUACCAAACGUCUGUCCCAAGCGCCAAAGGACGGCUCGUCUUCGUGGAUUUCCAAGCCAAGCAUGGAGAAGGUGUCUGGUAGUUUCCUCGCCAAGUUUAAUAGCUUUGUUGCUGGCGAUGAUAGCGAUGCCGCCUCCAAUCAAUCAGGUGGAGCCGAUGUAGGUCCCUUCGCGAGAAUCGCUGGGAACACACCUACGAUCAGUCCAACUCAAUCGAGCGCAGACUUGUACGGUCAGUAUCGCGGAAAUGGCUCUGUCACUAGCCCUGCUCCCGGUUUCAGCCCUCAGGCUCCAUCGUCUCGAUAUGCCCCUGGUGCUGUCUAUACUCCCCAGCAAUCCUUUGAACAGCCACAUUCUCAGUACAUGCCGCAGGAAGCAAGCUCUUACACUUCGUCGUCCGCUCCAAAUCCUUAUGCGCCCUCUUAUAACCCCACUCCCAACACCUCACAAGCUCCUACUUCACAGCCGUCUAAGUCGCACACUGAGUACAAUCCGCCAGUACAAGAGCCAUCCAACGGCUAUUCACCUUACGGUACCAGUUCAUAUCAGUCGAAUGUCCCGCCUGACAGUCACAAUGCUGCCACGGAGGAGACAGUGCCAGUUACGUUCGAUCAGGCUAUUACUUCGCAUAGCCAGCCGACGAACAGCGUACCAAGCGCGUAUGAGCCACCUAGUAUGGGCUCUUAUGAGCCUCCGUCAUAUCAGCCGUACGAACCAGAGCCCGAGCUAGAGCAGGAAACUUCCACUGAAAAAAAGAAAAAAUCAUUCAUGGAUGACGACGAUGACGACCAAAUGUUGAAGCAAGCAGAAGCCUUGAAGAAGCAACAGCGAGCACAAGCAGACAAAGAGGCUGAGGAAAAUUUCAAGCGUGCUGCUGAAGCUGAUGCUGCCAAAUCCAAGGGUCAAGACGGAGGCAAAGGGUGGUUUGGAGGAUGGUUCAAGAAAGACCCGAAUGCUGGGCCAGGUCCAAUCAAAGCCAAACUCGGUGAAGAGAGCUCGUUCGUUUAUGACACCGAGCUCAAGAAAUGGGUCAACAAGAAGGGAGGGUCCGCUGCCGCAACGCCUUCUGCACCCACUCCUCCACCUCCACGAGGCCCUCCCUCACGCGCUCCAAGUGGUGCUGGUCCACCUAUAUCAUCUGGCCCUCCAACUCGACCUCCUACAUCGAUGCCAAUGGGUGGUCCUCCCUCAGGACCACCUUCACGUGUUGGUACACCUGCGUCCACCGCUUCUGUUGAUGGCGGUGCAUCUGCCCCGCCUCUAUUGCCACCGCAUUUGAGCAACGGACCACCAUCGGGACCACCGUCUCGACCCAACACGUCUAUGAGCAAUGCAAGCUCGAUCGACGACCUCCUUGGGGCACCGCAAGCUAGGAAAGGAGGUACGGUCAAGAAGGGUAAGCGUGGCGGUCGCUAUGUCGACGUCAUGGCCGCAAAAUAA